UCCGCCUCGGACCUUGGAGUAUCAAACCCCAGCAGCAACCAUCGCGUCGGCGGCGUGGAAGAAGAGUAAGCAGUGAUCCCCUCCCCUGUAUGCCGUAAGUCCUGCAGCCAGGUUCCCGAUUUUCCAUGCUAAAUUGGAUGAAAUCCAGUUAUCUACUAGGGAUUCCAGUUUCCAUGCUGCGUUGCCCAAUUCAGGCUCAAUUAUGAAAGAAUGUUAGCGACACACAAAACUGCAAUCAGUUUGUUCUGUGAAGAAAUGUCUAGUCACUUUGAGUGGGGUUCAGGUUUGUCUAUGCGGUCUGGGUCGACGCUGCCUAGCUAACCUCAAGACUCCAGUGGUCGUCAAUGGAUUGGUUUGUCUUCAGUGAUCAUCUUAUUUGCUUGAUGUGUGCUCUACAGGUUACAAUCACGGCAUGAGCCAGGACUAGUCCUACAGCACCUUCUUGUCGCUCUCUAAAUCAUUUGCUUUUCUUCUUGUAAUUAUUUAUUUUGCUUACUGCAAUUCUACUAGUCACAGUCCAUAACUCAGCCUGCACACGUUUUCUCUCUCAAGUCUUUGUUUUUUUCUUCUACUUUUCUUUACCCUUGCAUCACCUUCAGGGUGGAGAUGACUUGUAUCAAGUCAAGUCAACUUGGUCGAGCUUAACUUCAGGCCCAUUCCUUCCUGCAGAAAAAAUAUAUCUUUAAAUGACCUCCACGCACAAAGAUCACCCAAGCUCCAGUCUAAAGCACUCCAGCUACUUGGUUACUCCACAUCCUGUACACUCUGGAACCAUGCCCUCAAUGUUUACUCCACUCUAUAUUUUACUCAUCCUUUUCUCCGUCAACACUAUAAUACUCGAAGCAUCACAAGCAAACAAGUCCGAGAUUGAUCGCCAAGCUCUCCUUUGCUUCAAGUCUGGCAUCAGUUCUUAUCCCCUUGGCAUCCUAGACUCAUGGAGCAAACACUCACUCAACUUUUGCAGCUGGAAAGGGGUCACUUGCAGAACAAAGUUUCCUCCCCGGGUGGUCUCUCUUAACUUCAACUAUGCUCGUCUCAGUGGGCAGUUAUCUGGAUGCUUGGGCAACCUGACAUUUCUAUCCAGGAUGAGCCUUGCCUAUAAUAAUCUUUCGGGAACUAUCCCUGAAGAGUUGGGUAUGCUUCCAAACCUCCAUACACUGAAUCUUGCCGGCAGCUGUCUUCAAGGUAACAUCCCCACUUCCUUAGGCGCUAGCAAUUCUCUUAGCUAUGUAAAUCUUGCAAACAACACGCUUACCGGUGGUAUCCCUCUCUCAUUGACCGAUUGCUCCUCACUCAGCACACUUAUACUGUCACGUAAUAACCUCUCAGGAGAGAUCCCUUCUUCUUUGUUUGAUAAUUCAUCUAAGCUUGCUGUGGUUGAUCUCCAGAAAAAUUCUUUCACUGGUCCCAUCCCACAUUUCCAUAUGGUCAUAACUCUCAAAUUUCUUUGCCUGACAGAGAACUUCCUCUCUGGAAGCAUACCUAAUUCAAUGGGAAAUGUGUCUUCCUUCGCUUCUAUAUUGCUCAGCCAAAAUAGGUUACCGGGACUAAUUCCGGAAACUUUGAGUCACAUUACAAAACUUCUUGAGCUUGACCUAAGUUUCAACAGUUUAUCAGGUAAUAUCCCGUUUUCUCUUUACAACAUGUCAUCACUGAAAAACUUUAGUGUUGGCAGCAAUGACCUUGUUGGGCAGAUACCAUCUCACAUCGGCUACUCACUACCAAACCUCCAGUCCCUGAUCAUGGGAAGCAACAUGCUAGAGGGCCUGAUCCCUGCUUCGCUAGCCAACAUGUCAAAUCUUCAAAUUCUUGAUCUUUCGAAGAACUCGCUACAUGGCUCUGUUCCAUCCCUUGGUUCAUCGGCAAACUUGCGUUGGUUUGUUUUGGGGAGCAACUUGCUAGAAGCACAUGACUGGUCAUUUCUUGCAUCUCUAGCAAAUUGCACCCAGCUGACAAAGUUGUCCUUGGAAGGGAAUCUUCUAAAUGGAAGCCUACCUAUAUCAAUUGUUAAUCUUUCCACUAAGCUAGAAGAUUUAUCGCUUGGUUCAAACCAAAUUUUAGGCUCAAUACCUUUUGAAAUUAGCAAUCUUGUUAGUCUCACUUCUCUUAGGAUGGAAAGCAAUUUUCUUUCUGGAAGCAUACCUUCUACCGUUGGAAAGCUGCAAAACCUAUAUAUCAUAAACCUAUCAAAGAACAAAUUAUCAGGUCAGAUCCCUCCCUCAGUUGGUGACAUUACUCAACUGGGCAAGCUUUAUCUUGAUGAUAACAACUUGGGUGGAAACAUACCUGGUAGUUUAGGUCAGUGCAAGGGGCUUCUUGAAGUAAACUUGUCUGCCAACAGCCUGGCUGGAUCAAUACCAGCUGAACUUUUUGCUGGCCCUGGACUUGCCUUGGGUGUGGAUUUUUCGUACAACAAUCUCACAGGAGAAAUACCAUCAGAUGUCUACUUGGCAAAUCCCGCUCUUCUGAACUUUUCCAACAAUCUGUUGUCCGGAACGAUUCCUGAUGAUCUUGGAAGGUGUGUCAAUCUUUUAUUCCUGUGCCUGGAAGACAACAAGCUCAAGGGGCAAAUUCCUCAGGGUUUUUGGAAGUUGAUGUCCAUCCAGCAGAUUAAUCUUGCUCGAAAUAAUUUAUCUGGUCCAGUUCCAGAAUUCUUUGACAACCUCACUUUGUUGGAGAAGCUUGAUCUAUCAUACAACAACUUCGAAGGUCCAGUUCCCUAUGGUGGAUGCUUUAGUAACUCGAGUAUGGUUAUUUUGGAUGGCAAUAAGAUGUUAUGUGCAAGAGUGUCCAUGCUAGCACUGCCAAUCUGUGAUGGUACUCAACAAAGAACCGUGUGCCUUUGCGAACAAUCGUAAUGAUAAUUACACUAUUAAUUGCUGGUUUGUUAUUGUUAAGUUUGGUUGUCACUAUUUGGAAAAUAAGGGCGCGGCUUACAUUUUCAAGGGACAAUAAGAUUCU